AUGCUGCUCACAAACCACUUUCCAUCUUCCACUACACCACCACCUCCUCCCCACGCUCGUAUUCCUUCUUCAACGGAACUUCAUCACCAUAACUCAUCACCACCGCCACCUGUUGUUGCUAGGGCAUCACCUUCUUUACCAUCUUCUCGUCGACCUUCACUUGAUCCUGCAUCAAGGUCUUUGCAUCCACUUCCAUCAUUCCGCCAUCAUCCUUAUUCCCAACCUGACCACCGAGCCGCUGCUGCAUCCGAUUCUAGGAGAAGCUCAUUAGCAAGUAUUGUUAGCACAGCAACCAACACAAGUAGUUCACCUUCUUCACCACCAAAUCGUCGUCGUUCACCUUCUGUUCAAUAUCAAUAUCAAUACCGCUCGCCUGAAUCUGACCCAUUAUCCCGUUUCCAUGCCAACACACUUCCUCCGCCAUCGCAACAAUCUCCACCAUCACCGUUGCAUAACCCAGCUGUUAAUAGCAAUGGUGUGGAGCCCUGGAGACGAGAUUCUCUUCCAUCUAUAUCACAAAUCACAAGGUUUAGGGAUAAUACCAAUGACACUGAAAUGUCAAUGUCAUCCACCACAGGGAACAAUGAACCCUCUUCUUCCACCUCCUCCUCCAAUGCAAUGUGGCUCGAUGAGCCUGUAUCAUCUCAACCUCAGCAUCCAGCUAUAGUAUCACCAGCGGAUAAUAUGCGUAGGCAUUCUGUUGCCAUCACAUCAAGUGCACGAUACAAUCCACGACAAAAUGGUGGUGGUGGUGGAGUUGUUACUCCUUCAUUACGUCGUUCAAGCCUUGCACGAAUGAGACAACCUGAUGAUGAAUCGGAGCAACUCACCACAAGAGAACGAGCGGGAUCAUCAUCCUCUGCAUAUUCUCGAUCACCCGAGUUACGCAUUAGCCAUAAGCUUGCCGAACGUAAACGACGUAAAGAGAUGAAUGACCUGUUUGACGAGUUGCGUGAUAUCCUGCCAGUCGAAAAGGGGCUCAAAACAAGCAAGUGGGAAAUUUUGAGUAAAGCCUUGGAGUAUAUCGCAACGCUGCGUGAACGUGAAACACAAUGGACACAAGAAAAGGAUCAACUACACCGUGAAUUGGCGUCGUUGCAACAGCAUCCAUCAUCAUCAUCAGCAUCCUCGUCAUAA